AUGGCACCAGAGCUUCCUCCCAUGCUAAAGGCCUCCAGAGAGGCCACCAAAGUCUCGUACCGACAACUGGGGAAGAGCGGACUGCGCGUCUCCGUCCCUAUACUGGGAGGGUUGAGUCUUGGGUCUACUGAGUUUGAACCAUGGGCACUCGAUGAAGAGAAGGCACUUCCCCUACUGAAGGCUGCCUACGAUCGAGGCCUCAACACCGCGCAGUGGGACACGGCCAACAAUUACUCGAAUGGCAAAUCCGAAGAGAUCAUCGGAAAGGCGAUUCAGACGUACAACAUCCCGCGGCACAAACUGGUCAUCCUCACCAAAUGCUGGGCCCCCGUCAGCGAGCACGAAAACGUGUAUGUUGUCCCGUACGCGGACGAGAUGCGCGCCGACAAGGAAUAUGUGAAUCAAUUCGGUCUAUCUCGCCAGGCGAUUUUCAACGCAGUGGACGCAUCCCUCAAACGCCUGAACACCUCCUACAUCGACCUCUUCCAGAUCCACCGGUUCGACAAGUUCACCUCGAUCGAGGAGACAAUGGAGGCGCUGCAUGACCUGGUUCGAUGCGGGAAGAUCCGGUAUAUCGGCGCAAGCUCGAUGCGGACGUACCAGUUUGCGAUGAUGCAGCAUUGCGCGGAAAUGCACGGCUGGACCAAGUUUGUCUCCAUGCAGAACCAGUACAGUCUCCUCUACCGGGAGGAGGAGCGGGAAAUGAACCGGUUCUGCGCAGAGACUGGCGUUGGUCUUAUUCCCUGGGGGCCACUUGACGGCGGAAAGCUUGCACGCCCUCUGUCGAAAUUAAAUGCUACUCCUCGGUCUGAAAAUGGCGAUCCCGACGUGCAGACUGCCGGGGCAACUAUCAUCAACCGAGUCGAAGAGCUGUCGCUGAAAAAGGGCUGGCCCAUGAGCCACGUGGCGUACAGCUGGGUGAACAAGCGGGUUGCGAGUCCCAUCAUCGGCUUUAGCUCUGUUGAGCGGAUUGAUGAAGUACUGGCGGCAGGAGAUAAGGAGUUGACCGCGGAAGAAGAGGCUUAUCUUGAGGAGCCUUAUGUCCCACGGGCUGUUUCUGGUCAUGAUUGA